GGUAUUUUGCUGUAAAAAGUCAUAAUUUCAAAGACCACUUUUAAAGCCACGAUCGUGGCUCUUCGCGCUAAAAGGGUAAAACGAUUUAAAAUGGGAAGAUUAUAUUGAGUCUAUUGAUAACAAAGCUAAUAUUUAAUAAAACACGCGUUCAACUAUAUCGACAAAAAUACCAUGAUAAACAACUACCAUUUGCUUGCUUCUUUUGCAUUCUAACAAAAGGUGGAAUGGAAACCACUAAACAAAUACACUUGAAGGAAAAUCUAAGAACAGAAAAAGAGUUAUACGAAUGUAAAAAGUUGUCAUCUCAUGAUCAACAAAAUAGUAAAUUUAUUUCAAUGCUUGCUUUUGGAAACAGAAUAAAAAGUUUAGAACCACUUUCAGAUCAUUCAUACACACUGCGUUGUUUAUGGAAUGCAAAAAAAUUAUACAGAGGUUCUUCCUUGUCUUCCUGUUUUCUUCCUUUUAACAACAAAGUGGUGCAAAAAUCCCAAGUAGAUGCACAAAAUAGUAUACAUGGUUCUAUCAAUAGAAAAAGAAAUGUUACAAAACGUAAAAACUAUUUUACUCAAACACAGCCUGAGGUUUUCUCUUCUAAUAUAUGUUCAGUUCAUAAAUCUAUUUGUUUACCAUUUCCAAGAUGUAGCUUUGUUAAUUUGCCUGAAAAUUACUUACUCCCAUCAGUUUACAUACAAAAAGGAUACACACAAUAUAUUUCAAUCAAUAAAAUUUCUAAAUGCUGGCACAAUUUAUCAUGUGGAGAUUGUUUAUUAAAAAUUAAGCGACUGAAGAAAAAUGUCAAUCAAUCAUUGAAUUCAUUUCAUUAUAAUAUACUUAGUACUAAAUUUGGAUCUUUCAUUAAAAAAGGCUUUCAAGAAAAAAAAUCUGAAUUUCAUUUCAACAGAUUGCCUUAUCCAAAAGUUAAAAAAACAUGGAAUAAAAAAAAAAUAAAGACUUAUAGCAGCAGUCCAGAAAAAGUGGUAAUUAGGCACGUAUUGUUCAAGAGCUUAAAGUCAAUCAAUCAAAAAUCUACAAAAACAUAUCAGGAGAGCAUAAAUAUUUUUUAUUAUUGUAAUUCGACGUGUGAUCUGUGUUUUAAAGUGUAAUCAAACUAUUUAAAAAUUUACAACAAAUUUUAUUGAGUUUUAAGAACAUAAAAAACAUUAUUUUUUACAAAAGUUACACUUUUGUAGAUAUAGUUGUUGCAGUUUAAGCCCUCGUGUGUUAUAAGUUGAUUUCUGUUUGUUUUCUAUUUUUUCUCAAAAUAGAGAAUUCAUUUAUUCGUAACAUUUAUUGUAAGUUUUUAUUCAUAAAUAUUUUUCAACUUUUCUUCUUUUUCAAUUAAAGAUAAUUUAAUUUACAAAAAAUUAUUUUACAAAAACUUUGAAACUUUAACUAAAAGGUUGGCUGAUUGAGAUGGUAGUUCAUAAAAAGUAGUUUUAAGUAAAUAAUUUAAAUACUUUGAAGUGAUUUGAAUAGAAUGUUACAAGAUUUUAUUCCGAAAAUUUUAGUUUUAAAGAAGUUUAUGCAAUAUCUACACUUGUCAAAAUUAGAUAAAGUGUUUAUGAAAACUGCAUGAUUUCAUUAACAUAUCUUGAUUGAUAGAAAAAAACUAUGACAGUUUUCACAAGGUAAUGCUACUAAGGCGAUUUAAUUCAUCAAAUAUAAAACUUAUUUGCACUCAAAGGCUAAUUUUCUGAUAAAAGUUGAUUUUGAAUAUCUUUUAAACAUAA